GUACAUCAAAUCUAAGCCUUCAGAGGGAUUGUUCUUUGGAGCUGCUUCUCCAGUUCAUCUAAAAGCUUUUAGUGAAUCAGAUUGGGCAACGUGUCCAAAUACUAGAAGGUCCACUACAGGGUUUUGUGUAUUUCUUGGAUCAUCCCUCAUUUCGUGGAAAUCCAAGAAGCAAAGCACUGUUUCCAGAUCUUCCACCGAGGCGAAAUAUCUUGCCCUAGCAGCCAUUGCAAAUUUCCUACGACUUCUCCCUGUCCGGUCGGAUGAACAGCUGGCCGACAUCUUCACCAAAUUUCCCCGUCGUGUGCGGUUCAAAUCCAUAGUUCCCAAGCUUGGAUUA